GUGUCCCUUUCACACGGUCUCUGUUGAUCGAUGACCUAUGAUCCUCUUUAUCAGCUGAUAAUCAGUUCAAAUAUAAACAGCGUCCACCUCAUCGACUCUCUGAAACCCCUCGCCAACAUGCUCACAACCAACCACUGGCUGAUUGUCCCGACCCUGCUGGUGUCUCUGCUGUUUGCCGUACAGGUCCAGUCUGCACCAGUAGAUAGUGACUGGGCAACCGGGCUGAUCCAUCGUGCCAAGCGCUCGUUACUAUGGCGAUGGAACACUCUGAAACCUGUGGGUUCUGGAUGUAGAGAUCACUAUGAGUGCGGAACCAACUACUGCAGGAAACAUGCGUGCUCCUUCAAGAGCCAACACGCUUAGGACUGAGACGCCGUUCUCUCAAACAUCAUGAAGAGCAGAACCUCAAGACUGAAUCUUCAUUUCCUCACACAAUCAAUAAGAAAAUAUAUUCGGCCUGUUGAUUGUGGUAUGAAACGUGCCACAGAUUUCUCAGGAACGCGUCUAUAAAAACUCCAGUUUUAUCAUUAUUAACGACUACAUCAACACAAGUUCAAGUCGAACAGAAGUGCAAAAUAUGAACUUUGCAUCCACAGUUUCACGAGAUGUUUGAUGUGAUCAAAUACCAACAUAACUGGCAAAUUAAUCUGUAUUAAAUCCAUUUCAUUAUCAGCUGCACCUUAUUUAU